AGGAGAGAUAGAGCAGCAGAGAGAGAGAAAGGAGGAGAGAUUGAGAGAGUUUGAAAGAGUGAGAGGUGGUGGAGGAGAAAGAGGUGGAGGAGAGAAAUUGAGAAAGAGAGAGAGAUAUAGGUGGUGGAGGAGAGAGCGAGAGGUGCAGGAGAGGCAGAGAGAGAGAGAGAGGUUCAGGAGAGAGGUGGAGGAGAGGCAGAGAGAGAGAGAGAGCGAGAGAGAGAGAGAGAGACAGAGGCAGAGGAGAGAGCAGAGCUACAGAGAGAGAGAGAGAGCGAAGCAGAAAGAGGACGAGAGGCAGAGUGAAAUCAUAUCUUGCAGGCAUUUAGGUUUCUGUCGCUGAUGGGGACAGGCAGAGUAGCAGGAUACCACCAGUACCUUAUCGAGGGACAGCAUCACCACAUACACACCCUGCACACACAAAAACACACCACAACACUCCAUAGGAGAAGCUGGUGAAGCUCUGAGGGGGAAACCAGCAUCUCUUCUCUGUGGUGUGGAGACUGGAGACUGAAGACUGGACUAGAGCCUCUGCUACACCACCACACCGUGCAGGAGCCUCAUCCAGCUCUCCAGGAUCCUCUAGCAGCAACAACCCUCAUACAUAGCUCUACUUCAAUAGUACAGCUUUCUCCAUCCGACCAUCCGACAGCUCUCCACUCCACUUGCAAAGCUCUCUCCAUCCGACUAGCUCUCUCUCUCAAAUUUCUCUGUCAGCUCUCUCUCAACCGCUACCAUGAAUUUCCUGCGUCGCCGGUUGUCUGACAGCAGCUUCAUAGCUAAUCUUCCUAACGGCUACAUGACAGACCUCCAGAAAUCUGACCCUCCACCGCCUCCCCCCUCUACAGCCACCCCAGGAGUUCCAGCCACAUCCCCAGGACAAGUUCCAGCACCAACCCUCAACGCUGCCCCCCCAGCUCCAGAGUGUGGGCCCCAGCCUGCCCAGGCUGCCCCAGCCCCGGCCCCUUCUUCAGGCUCUGGGUUCUUCAGCUCCCUGACCUCCCUGAGUUCCAUCACUAAUGUGGUAAAACAAACAGCAGUGUCAGCUGGCUUGGUGGAUCAGAACCCAGCACCCGGGCCUGGUCAUGUCUCCAUGAGAUUUAAGAUACUGCUGGUCAUCGACGAGCAGCAGUACGUGUGGUCCAGACUGUUCAGAGGGAAGAAGAUCCAAGGAGACUAUGACAUCAAAGUGGAACAGGCGUCGUUCUCAGAGAUCAACCUGGUAUCCCAUGCCAACGGGUCGUGUAACGUGGAUAUACAGUUGAUCAGGAACGGAACCAACGUGGUCAGGUCCAUUAAACCUGACUUUGUCUUGAUGAGGCAGCAUGCCUAUAGCAUGGCCCACAAUGAGGACUUCAGGAACAUGAUCAUCGGCCUGCAGUACGCAGGAGUCCCCAGUAUCAACUCACUGGAGUCCAUCUACAGCCUCUGUGACAAGCCCUGGGCGUUUGCCCAGCUGAUCGCCACCUGUAAGAAACUAGGCCCUGACAAGUUCCCUCUGAUCGACCAGACCUUCUACCCAAACCACAAGGACAUGAUCUCCAUGCCCUCUUUCCCUGUGGUGGUGAAGAUAGGACACGCGCACUCUGGAAUGGGAAAGGUAAAGGUGGAUAAUCUGAGUGACUUCCAGGACAUAGCCAGUGUGGUAGCCAUCACUCAGACUUACACCACCACAGAACCCUUCAUAGAUGCCAAGUACAACAUCAGGGUCCAGCGGAUUGGCAGCGAUUAUAAGGCUUACAUGCGGACAUCCAUCUCUGGGAACUGGAAGAGCAACACAGGAUCAGCCAUGCUGGAACAGGUGGCCAUGACAGACAAGUACAAGCAGUGGGUGGACAUCUGCUCAGAGAUCUUUGGAGGUCUUGAGAUCUGUGCAGUCAAAGCCAUCUGUGGAAAGGAUGGGAAGGACUACAUCACUGAGGUUGUGGGUUCCUCCAUGCAGCUGAUCGGAGAGCACCAGGCAGAGGACAGGCAGCUCAUCUCUGAUCUGGUGCUGACUAAGAUGAACCAGGCUCAGCCAAGGACGGCCACUCGCUCUCCUGUCCAGAAACCGAGGGAAGUGGCAGAGCCAACCAAGAACCCCGGACAGUGGCGCCAAUCUCAAGGGGGUGCCGUGCAGGCCCAGCUCACUCAGCCACAGAGUGUGGAGCCUCCAGCAGAGUUGGCCCCCAAGGUGUCCCCUCCGCCAAAGCCAGCCCCCCCUCUAGUUUUAAGAGCGGCAACCAUCCCCAUUCAAAAGCAAGCCUCCACUCCAGUGGCAAAACCAUACUCUGCUCCAGUCUCUAGGCCAGCCCCUGCCGCAGUGCAAAAGCAAUCCUCCUCCCCUCCACCAAAGCCACCCCCUCCUGCGGUGGUAAAGACGACCUCUGCUCAAGUACCAAAGCCUAUCCCUUCCCCAGUGCAAAAUCCUGCUCCAGCUCCAGCCCUUGCCCCAGCCCAUGUCUCAGCCCCAGUCCUAUCCCCAAACCUGGCCACUGUCUCAGUCCCUGCUCCUGUCUCACCCCCAGCUGCUGCCCCUGUCUCAGCUCCAACCUCCAGCCUAGCACCCGCCUUACUCCCAGUCCUAUCCCCGACCCCUUCUCCUGUCUCACCCCCAGUUCCACCCCCUGCCUCACACCCAACCCCUGCCCCCACUACACAGCAGCCCAAGCCCCAGCCUCAGGUGUCUUCAUCAGCAGCCCCCCCAGGAAAGCCAGCAGAGCUGCCCCCUCUGCCUCCCAAGCCCAAGCCUAUACCUCCUGUACGCCGCAACUCCAAGCCCCUGAUCCAGCCCAAACCCCAGACCCCCCUUCCACCCCUUGGCCUGAAGCCCAGUCCUGAUGCUGUGUUUUCAUCCAGAGCACCAGACCAGUCCCUGUCCCCAAAGAGGUCCCCUGGGAGGGUGCAGUCCCCUUUCUUACCCCAGUCUCCAGCUAAAGCUCAGCCACCAACGGUCCUUUCCCCAGACUUUCACCCAGACCCUACCCCUAUUAUGAUGCCCAUGUCCUCCACUGGCACUGCCAUGGCCCCUGAGCCUGCUCCAGAGCCUACUCCAGUCUCAGUUUCAGCCUCAUUCCCAUCCCCAUUCUCAGCUCCAGUCUCAGCCUCAUCCCCAGAUCCAGUCUCCUCCUCAUCCCCAGCUCCAGUCUCAGCCUCAUCCCCAGCUCCAGUCUCAGCCUCAUCCCCAGCUCAUCCAGUCUCAGCCUCAUCCCCAGCUCCAGUCUCCUCCUCAUCCCCAGCUCCAGUCUCAGCCUCAUCCCCAGCUCCAGUCUCAGCCUCAUCCCCAGCUCCAGUCUCAGCCUCAUCCCCAGCUCCAGUCUCAGCCUCAUCCCAAGCCCCAGUCUCAGCCUCAUCCCCAGCCCCAGUCUCAGCCCCAUCCCCAGCCCCAGUCUCAGCCCCAGCCCCAGAAUCAGCUAAAGCUGAACCUCUGGUUGAAGAACCGUCAGCACCCAAGGGACAUCCACUGCUGAAUAAGUCCCAGUCCCUGACCAAUGCCUUCAGCGCGUUGGGAGAUGCGUCGUUCUUCCGCUCCAGCUCGACCAGCUCCUCGGCGGCUGGUGGAGAGGACGAAGCCAAGGCCGAGACCAUCCGGAACAUCCGCAAGUCCUUCGCCAGCCUAUUCUCCGAUUAGUCCUCUCCCACAUGCUCUAGGAUUGGCAGAUGACUUCAUUGACAUAAACAUGACCCAGUCUGAGAUUAACUGUGUGUAACUGUAUAACUCCCAAGUCCCGCCUCCAUCCCCUGCCUCUCUGAGUCUCUGAGGACUCAAUUGGCAAAUUGAGUGUGAUGAUGUCAAAGUGCCAGCUACCUGUAGCUAGCUACCUGCGUGAAGCUUGGCCCUCGGUCAGUGUGUGAGGAGGAGAUAUAUAUAACGGUCUAAUGCAUGAAGAUGACGGCUCCAUCAGUAGGUUUUGUGGAGCAGAAGGGAUGUUUGUGUUGCGUUGAUGUUACCCAUUGCCUCUAGAUGUUGUAGCCUUAAUGUGAUGUGUUUUAUUACAGAUUCGUGACUGUGAGUGGUGACCCCUGACUCCUGUAUCACCAUAUGUACUUCCUGUAACUCAGAUAUCUGCUGCACGUUCUUCAUCAUUAACAGUUGUUCAAUAAUAAUACCUCUGUUGUGGCUGUUGACCACAGUCACUCAUACAUACAAGUAUACCUCUCCUUUAAUCAGUCAGACGCCUCCUUUAGUCAGUCAGACCCCUCCUUUAGUCAGUCAGACCCCUCCUUUAAUCAGUCAGACCCCUCCUUUAAUCAGUCAGACCCCUCCUUUAAUCAGUCAGACCCCCCCUUUAAUCAGUCAGACCCCUCCUUUAAUCAGUCAGACGCCUCCUUUAAUCAGUCAGACCCCUCCUUUAAUCAGUCAGACGCCUCCUUUAAUCAGUCAGACCCCUCCUUUAGUCAGUCAGACCUCUCCUUUAAUCAGUCAGACCCCUCCUUUAGUCAGUCAGACCCCUCCUUUAGUCAGUCAGACCCCUCCUUUAGUCAGUCAGACCCCUCCUUUAAUCAGUCAGACCCCUCCUUUAGUCAGUCAGACCCCUCCUUUAGUCAGUCAGACCUCUCCUUUAAUCAGUCAGACCCCUCCUUUAGUCAGUCAGACCCCUCCUUUAAUCAGUCAGACCCCUCCUUUAGUCAGUCAGACCCCUCCUUUAGUCAGUCAGACCCCUCCUUUAAUCAGUCAGACCCCUCCUUUAGUCAGUCAGACCCCUCCUUUAAUCAGUCAGACCCCUCCUUUAGUCAGUCAGACCCCUCCUUUAGUCAGUCAGACCCCUCCUUUAGUCAGUCAGACCCCUCCUUUAAUCAGUCAGACCUCUCCUUUAGUCAGUCAGACCCCUCCUUUAGUCAGUCAGACCCCUCCUUUAGUCAGUCAGACGCCUCCUUUAAUCAGUCAGAC